AUGGCAUCCCAGCAGGAGUUGAGAGAAUUCUAUGUGGGCAAAGACAUUGGGGACGUGCCGAAGCCAGCACUUGUACUCGAUGCAGGCAUUAUCAGAAGACAUUGUAGAACAAUGAUUCGCACAGUGAAGGAGUUGGGUGUCGGCUUCCGAGCGCAUGUCAAGUCUCACAAGACCGCAGAGAUUGCCGAAAUGCAAGUUGACGAUAAGAGUCUCGAAGGAAAUUUCAUUGCGUCAACCAUCCUGGAGAUUGAGACCCUGGUCCCUCUGCUCAAGAAGCUCAAAACAGAGCAGCGUGAUGUCAAUGUGCUCUAUGGCAUUCCGCUAGUACCCUCGCAGGUGAUCCGGUUGGCCAAACUUGCCCGUGAAGUGGGCGAAGGAAGUAUUUCUGUCAUGAUUGAUCAUCCAGAUCAAGUGGCUUACCUUCCAAGGUUUUGCGCUAUUACGAACUUCCCGGUCUUUGUCUUUAUCAAAGUUGACACGAGUUAUCAUCGGGCGGGGCUGCCACCCACUUCACUCAAUAAGAAUGGCUUGCUUGAGAAGCUCGCGGACGCCGAGAAACAUGGAUAUGCUAAGCUCCUCGGUAUUUAUUCUCAUAGCAGUCUCAGCUAUGCGGGUACCACCCAACAGGACGCGAUAGAGCACCUAAUCAAGGAGAUCGAGGCCUGUAAAGAAGCUCUGCAACGUCAUCUUCAGUUCUUCCCAGAAAAACACCUGGUUAUUAGUGUAGGCGCAACACCGCAGGCGCUCUCGACACAGAAUCUCCUACAAGACGGUUAUUCCAGCCCCGAGCUGAACACUUUGAGGAACCUGCUGGCAAACCCAUUUGCAACUGAUCUGGAUGCAAGGGUGAAGAUGGAAAUCCAUGCUGGGGUAUACCCGCUGCUCGAUAUGCAGCAAAUGUCAACAAAUGCCAACAUACAGAUGGGAGGCCCGGAGGACGAUAUUGCUAUCUCUGUGCUUGCGGAAGUCUGCAGUGUCUACAACGAUGGAGAAAGGCCUCGCCCAGAGGCCCUGCUUGCGGCCGGAACGCUGGCACUCGGAAGGGAACCAUGUCCAAGCUAUCCUGGUUGGGGGAUGAUAUCCUCUUGGAGACGAUCGUCUCCAGUCUCAUCCGCACGUCUGAUUGUGGAGCGUAUCAGCCAGGAGCACUCCAUCCUUUCGUGGGAGGACAAAGAGGCUGAUUCAUCCGGCGUUCCCCUUUCUGUGGGACAGGUAGUGAAGGUCUACCCAAACCAUGCUUGCGUGGCGGCCUCAUUCUAUUGUUUUUACUUCGUGGUUGACUCUGACCAGGAUCCAGAGGCAGCUACAAUUGUCGACGUCUGGGUAAGCUCGAGAGGCAGCUACAUGACUCAGGCAGUUUUACUCUCAAGGACUCAGUAG